UAGAAAAUGCAGGAACUGAGGAACAGUGCUUUUCUCUGCUGUGAUAAAGACUGUGAAAGGACACUUGGUACUCUCAGGUGAAAGCUGAUAGAGGGACUGUGAUUCUGGUCCAAGCCAUGCUUUGUGAAGGCAGACUGUUGAGCAUGACCUACGGUGAAUUGGAGGAGCUGGAUCCGCUCCCUCCUCAGAGAGCUCCCCAGGGUGCUCAUGGGCUGCCGAGAGCAGCUGCUACCCUGGUGCCAGACUCCAUCAGACACACUCCACUCAUUCAUCACAACUCCCCUGAGCAGGCAGGUUGUGUGGACAACAGGAGUGACUCCGCGGAGCUGUACAUUUCUCCGCUGCAGUCCUUGGAUUUCCAUAGUGCUCAGCCGGGCAGACAGAUUUCUCCAGAGAUAGAGAUCCCAGAUCAGACUCACUCAGUUGGUGAUGCCCCCUUCUUGGUUCCCUCCUUCUGUCAGAGCAUCUGCCAAAAUUAUAGCGACCUCCAUAUCGCAGGCGACCAGGUGCUGCCUCUCUCAACCAAUGACGGUGAGCUCCGCGUCUGUACUGACGCCCAGGCCAUCGGCCCCUUCCUCCAGUCCUGUGAUGUCCCCCCGGCUGUGGAGGACUCUCUCCCAGGACAGACAUCUCAGGGUGGACUUGUACAUCCACUGAGAGGAGGUUCAAACCGCUGGAGACAGGGGAGCACCCGUGAUCGGAGCUUUUUGUUGCAGGGGCGUGAAGGUCCAUUCUCCAACUCUCUCCUGAAUCACUAUCUGGAGCAGAAACUCUUGGAUUUAUACCAGCAAUACAUGAUGGAGAAUAUGGCCAGGGAGGGGGCCCCUGGUUCAGAUUCUGACCCGGGCCCCAUCAUCCCUCUGCUGGGCUCAGAGCUGGUCUUAACGAGCCUGGACCAGAUCACUUUGCAGCUGAGUCGGGAGGGGAACCUGGAGGCCGGCCUGGCAAAGGACAUGGUCCUCAGCUGCCUGCUGCGGGUGGCUGGUGACAUGCAGUCAAGUGAGAUCAGCACUCCCUUUCUACAGUUUUCUAACGAGGCAUCCAGGGAGCAGCUCACAGAGAAUAACAACGAGUAACCCCAGUGUCGAGGAACUUGCUCAUUCAAUGCUCCCUUUCAUUUUAGUUUUAUCGCCCCAAAAAAAAAGAUGAAACUGCAUUCAUUUUUCAUUUCAUAAGCUGUUCAGAGGAUGGAGUUAAAAGCAAAUUCUGUAUGUGAUUAAUAAUUAUCAGAAGAUUCUGCUGUAUUUAGGUAUCAUCAUUUUAAUAUGCAGUUUGAAAAUGGUGUAUGUUUAUGUGGUGUGCAGUUUCACUUUCUAAAGGACAUUAAAAAACAGGAACUGAAAA